GUGAUGUAAUUUAAUACUGGUCCAUGUACCCGCGCAGGCGUGCGAAUUAGUUUUCCACCAGGAAGGGAAAGGGAUUUAAACCUUUAGAGAAAAGCAGAGGAAGAUCAAGAGAUGUUGGAAAUUUCUCCAAGGGCCAAAAGGGCUGUAUCAAGGUGCAUGCAGUCAACGGCACGUUGAUAGAUCGCAAAACUUCUUCCUCAUUUGCAGUAUUUUCCCAUUGGAGCUUUUAAGUGAGCUAAUGGGGACACGAUAAGAUCGACGGCUAUCAUGGGAGGAUGUGUUGGAAGAGAGAGUGGGGACAGACAGGGCCACGGGUCGUCCAGGAACGGUGGGAGAACCCACAGAAAGCGAGGAGGUCGCAAUGAGCCCCUUAAGAAGGACAAGCCCAAGUGGAAGAGCGACUACCCCAUGACCGAGGGCCAGCUCCGCAGCAAGCGGGACGAGUUCUGGGACACGGCGCCCGCCUUCGAAGGCCGCAAGGAGAUCUGGGACGCGCUGAAGGCAGCUGCCGUCGCCAUCGAGUGCAACGACCACGAGCUCGCCCAGGCCAUCGUGGACGGAGCUAGCAUCACUCUGCCGCACGGUUCCCUGUCCGAGUGCUACGACGAGCUGGGGAACCGCUACCAGCUGCCGGUCUACUGCCUGGCCCCGCCCGUCAACCUGAUCUCGGAGCGGAGCGACGAGGAGGCCCCGGAGCACCCCGAGCCCCAGACGGCUCCCAAGAAGGAGUUCCAGCUGAAGGUCCGCCUCUCUACGGGCAAGGACCUCCGGCUGAGCGCCAGCAUGGCGGACUCCAUCGGCCUUCUCAAGAAGCAGCUGCAGGCCCAGGAGGACAUCGACGCGGCCCACCAGCGCUGGUUCUUCUCCGGGAAGCUGCUGACGGACAAGACCCGCCUGCAGGACACCAAGAUCCAGAAGGACUUCGUCAUCCAGGUCAUCGUCAACCAGCCGGCCAUUCCCAACUGAGCCGGGAGACGGGGCGGGGAAGGGAGACGGUGCGGAGGCCACCUGUUUUUGGGGGACGCGGGAGAGCGGGGAGGUGUCACGGGGGAGCUCCUCUCGUGGGGAGAGCGGAAGGGAAAAAGAAGACUCCUAGCAGCGCUUUGUGUUUGUGUUUGUUGCGUUCUUUCUCUGCGAGAGAGCGCGGUCACGUGGUGUUUGCUUCACGUCUCUGUCCGGUUGGCUCAGCUCGCCCAGUGGGGCUGAGAGAGAGAGGCUCGAGGUUUACCAUACCUGCCAGGCAGAUGCUGGGAAACUGGAGAGUAGGCCUUGCCCCCUUGUAGAGCAAUACAGGGCUUGCUGCCUCCAGCGUAAAGCACAUCGUUAAGUCUCCAUGCCCCUGCCCCCUGCAGAACUGUUCGGGAGACCCCGCGCCCAGGGCUUGGGGUGUCUGCGUUCGUCCUGGCAACCAGGGCCCCUGCGACCUUCUCCAAAUGUGAUUAUGAACAAAUUGUUAUUCUUGUUAUUCUUAUUAAUAUUAUUUUGUUUUUUGUUUUGUUUCCAGAAGACUAUCCAAGCGAUUAUAAGCUUUUUUGCACACUUGAGUAUAUGGAGCUGUGUGCCUUUUGAGGAAAAGAUGUAUUUAAAAAAACAACAAAAAACAACAAAAAAAACUAAGAUGAUAUGAUAUCUGGAAUUGUAGGUUUAUUGGUGAGCUUUCCUUGCUGCAGUCCUUCACAGGUAAUAUUCAGGAAUUUUAAAUAGAUGAACUAUAAAUUAGAUGCCUUCUAUCAACAUAUUCAAACUUUCUCUGCAAAGUGUCGCAGGUCUCAUAAACGGAUAUCAGUCCCCUGGCUCUGUGUGUUUUGACUGUUCGUUAUUUAACCUUUAUCUCUUGUGUGUAUUGGAGCUCUUGAGCUUUAGAAUUUGCCGGAAACGGUCCAGAGAAAGAGGCAAAUGUUUGAAUAUCCACAGAAGCUGGAGAUACCUGGGUGAGGGUGAGAGGGUCAUGGCAAGGGUUUGGGUUCAGGCCAGCAGUCGUGCUCCCCCAGGGGUGGGGUUCCUCCACAAAAACAAACCGGUAAUCCACCAUCACACGCUGCUAGUGCAGCCGGGGGAUUCGCUGGUUCGUAUUCCCCGAAUGAGACGUGAGAUGUCCUCAGAAACAACUAAACCGCUUUUUACUGCCCAGAACAGAGCAUUCCUACCCACUUAAACCACCUAAAACCAUGGCCGCAGGGGAUAUCGCCACGCUGAGGUACAAAAUGUUUGCCAGACUGAAUUAAUUUAAAGUCUUAAUACGGACUCUGAGGAUAAUUGCACUCAUGCUAGUCGGCCGAGACUGGACAGGCGUCACUUUCUUUUCUCAUUACAUAUCUUCAUUGUGGAAAUUCAGUGGGGGCAGCAGUGCAAAACAUUAUUAUUAUUUUUUUUUUCUUUCUUUUUUUUUUUUUCAAUUAUUUUCUGCCCCAUCUCAAAGACACUGCACUGACGCUUCUUAUCAAGUGCAGUGCAAGUUUAUGUGACACUAUUAUUACCGUUUUCCAUAUCUGUGUGGGUUUUGUGGUGAGAACCUGUAAUCUGUAGCUAUAUAGUGAAUGAUGCUGAAGUUCCCGGGGAUUUAGAAAAGGCCCUGAGCCUGUGAUGAAAUAUUCCCCCAGGGGAAUUGCUUGGUCAGAUGGUACCAGGAAACCCUUAAAUCAACCUGGUUAAGGCCCUGCUGACUUAUGACUGGAAAUCAUAAGAAUUAUACAACUUUUUCUCAAUUUAUUCUGAGCUCAAGUCCCAUAUGAAAUGGCCUACUCACAAUUAACAAAUUUAAGAACUUUUUGAAGCUGCCCUUCGCAGACACUAUUGCACCCUCGCUGUUCUAUAAAUACAAACCUGGCUCAUACCCUUGAUUCACCAGAGCUUGGGUGCGUUUCAGCUUGGCUAUGACCCACGCUGCCCUUUGGUUGACUGAAUGACCCGCACCAUGUGACUCCUCUCGACCAGUCGGAUUCAUCCGCAUUGCCAGGGGAAGAGAGAAACAACUUGCUGUAUCCGACACCUUUAGGGGUGCUUAUCCCUUCUUCUUUAGUUUUGUUUAACGCCGGUUGGAAACGGGAGAAAGGUGCAUUACUGCCACCCACUGAUCCGGAGUGUAGACCGAGGAGGCCAGCAGACUACUUGAAUGAGUGCUUGUUCUGAGGAAUUGGACCUUGCUGAUCACAAAAUGGUCACAAUCUUUGGAGGCAUCCCAGGUUUUCCUGUCAUCCUUGCACAGAAUAGUGAUGUCACAGGGACCUGCCAUGGCUGAAUAGGACACAUGUUCUGGCUGUUGUGAAUCAAUUUUGUAAUGGCCGGCACUAAUAUGUUAGGAGAUGCAGACCGAUGACAAUGUUGUUGCUCACACAAAGGUUUCAUUGAACGAAUGCAUUAUUAGAGAGCUACUUUCAGAUACAAGGUUUACUGUAUAUGAUGGCACAAAAAUAAAUACAAAAUUCACACACACUGGUGAGAGAUCUGUAUGGUAAUGGCAGUGAAUCAUAUUUUGAUAAAUUUAAACAAUCCCUCUUAUCUCCAUGGUGCAUCACCUGCCUUCGCAACAGGAGAUGUUAACACACCGCCGUUUGACGUGUCCUCUCUAGUGCCUGUGGGACCUGUCAAUCCUGAGAUUUGGAGAUCAAAACACUCGUUAUGAAUUAGCUUUUCUGUCUUGUUUUUUCCCCCCAGCGUGUGUGUAUCACUGUGUGAUUUGUUCUUUGUUUGUUUUGUUUUCUUUUGUGGGGGAGGGGGGGAUCUGGAGCCUCGUAAAGCGUGUCUAUUGUGGGAAAAAUCUUUCAAUGAUGUCUCUACCAUAAGCCAUCGGCUCGCAAAGACGCACAACGUGAGAGUAGGUACAACCGGAGCUACAAAGCCAUGCAUAUUUAUUUUUCAUUGGGGUGGCAGGUAGUGACUAGCCGUGGACUGCUUCCCACCUCCACCUGGAAAAUCAAGAAGCCAUCCUAUUGUUUUUGGCCCAGGGAAUUUUUCGGCGGGGUUUCCCUGGGGAAUCGCAUGGGAAUGACGUCUCCAGACUCUCGGUUCACAGAAAACGCUCGGAGAAAUUGUUGGAAAAAGUGUUUCGAUGUUCACAAGGACACAAAUGUAUAAAAAUAUGUAUAUUUAGUCUUUUGGAAAUAUAAGUGAUUAUAUAUUAUAAUAGGAAUUCUGAUAAUUUAAUAUGCCUACAAUUUAUUUUACAAGUGAUGUGUACAUUUAUAAACCAAUUUCAUUUUCAUCUGUUUUUUAAACUGUCAAUUAAAAUUAAUUAUUGUC